AUGGGACACAUAGUGCGAUUCAAAGCAAGAGAAUCUCAAUUGUUUGAUCCAGGGCCAUUCUUUGACAAGGUUUGGAUUCUGUUAAUUUCAGUUAUCCUCUGCUGUGAUCGUCAGUGUGGUUCAUGUUGGUUUAAAAUCAUCAUGGUUGAAUAUGACAAACAUGGUAUUGUGGCCGAAACAUUAUUUGCUGAAGAGUGGCUAUCACGAGCCCAAGAGAUUGUUCCAGCAGGCAUUGGAGAAGGCAAGGGAGGUUAA